AUGAUUGGCCUCACUUACGUGAUCUCGAAUUGGCUGACCCCGAAUUUUAUCGAUCAACACCUAUCGAUAUACUUAUCGGUUCGAAAGGGUCAAAGCGAUGAACCCAUUAUACAACAAACAGCUUUCGGCUGGAUUGUAUCGGGUAAAGCAAUAUCAAUUUCAAACCCGGAAAAAUCAGACAUCAUAACAAAUUGUUCUUACAUUUCGUUGAAAAAUUUGGAUGCAUAUGGUGUCAAAACUACUACCAAAAAACUACAGUUCGUAAUCGUUAAUCGUUUUUAUUCACUUGAGCGUAAAUUCAACAACAAUCCCAACAUCCGAGAUCAAUACAAUGCAACAAUUAAAGAGUAUUUCGAUCUCAAUCAAAUAAGGCAUGUCACAACUACCGAAGAACAACAUUUGCAGUUCCACAACAAUCAACCAUCGUAUUCAUGUUGCACAUUGCCUCAUCAUGCCGUGAUUAAGGAAGAUAGCCUGACAACAAAGUGUCGCGUUGUUUAUGAUGCUUCAGCCAAAUCUUCCAAUGGUAAAUCAUUAAAUAACAUUCUUUGCACUGGUCCACGACUCCUAAACGAUUUGCCAGCAGUUUUAUUGAACUGGCGUCUACAUGUUUACGUCGUCACUGCGGACAUCGAAAAAAUGUUCCGUUGUACCGAUAUGCAUGAAGAAGAUUCUGAAUACCAACGAAUUAUUUGGCGCAACCCAGAUGGUCAAAUUACAGAAUAUAAACUUACAACGGUAACAUUCGGCACCGCGUCAGCACCAUACUUGGCAAACGAAACUAUACAUCGAAUAGCGCGCGAUGAACGUCAGCGUUAUCCGUUGGCCGAACCAGUGUUAAUGAGAGAGAUAUACGUCGAUGAUGUUUACGCAGGAAGUGAAACUGUGGAAAAAACUAUUGAAAUUCGGAAUCAAACACAAGCAGCCUUUGCUUCAGCCGGCAUGAAACUUCACAAGUGGGCUAGCAAUUCGGCGAAAUUACUCAAAUUAAUUCCCCCAGACCAACAUUGUAGUGCGACUGCUCUCGAGUUAAACAGUGAUGAAACAAUGAAAACAUUAGGCAUGCGUUGGCAGCCAAAUAGCGACAGUUUUCGUUAUAAGCUCAAUUUUGAUAUCAAUGUCAACCAUAAAUCCGUUACAAAGCGUACCGUGCUUUCGGCAAUAUCGAGACUAUUUGAUCCUUUAGGCUUGAUUAAUCCCGUUAUCGUCACUGUGAAGAUAUUUCUGAAACAUUUGUGGUCGUUCAACUUAGAUUUGGACGAACCUCUUGCAGAGGGCUUGCUCAAUGAAUGGAAACAAAUUAAAUUCGAUCUACAAGUUAUUAAGAAAAUUCAAAUUCCGCGCUGGUUGAAAUAG